UACGAGCGCAGUCGCAAAACGGCAAUCGCAACGCUUGGACGUGUCGCGAACAGCACGAAAAAAAAUCAGAUAAAGCGAAUUUGUAUAGCCCGCUGAAUGUGCCUCAAACCGGGAUUCGCCAUGCAACGCUUUCUGCUGACCACUGUCCUCUGCUGGCUGCUCUGUCAGCUGCCUGGUGGCGCCCAGUCAUCUGGCCUGCAGGUGAUGAAGCAAUGGAAGCUGCUGCGCUACAACUUUCCAAAGCAGAUGCGGUCCGGCGAUACGAACUUUUAUAAUCCGGAAAAUGUGCUCAUCACGGGCAUUGCCGUCACGACUGAUCGCAUUUUUGUGGCCACGCCGAAGCUGUUCUCGGGCGUGCCAUCGACUGUGAGCUGGGUGCCAAAGGACAAGAUCGGGGACUCACCCACGCUGCAGGCAUUCCCCGACUGGUCCUUCUCGAACACAGCGCGCACGAACUUCAACUGCAGCGAUUUGAUUCUGACCUCGGUUUAUCGCCUGCGCAUUGACUCCUGCAAUCGCCUGUGGUUGCUUGAUGCGGGCAUCUCGCGUUCCCUGGAGGAUUACGAGCCCACCUGCCCGCCCAAGAUACUCGUUGUCGACCUGAAGACGGAUCGCGUCGUUCGUCGCAUUGACUUCCCGCCCGAAGUGCUGCGCGGUGAGACCCUGUUCACCAACAUGGUCAUCGAUGAGACGACGGCCACGUCCUGUGACGACGUGUUCAUCUACAUAACGGAUACCGUAGAGCCGGGCAUUAUUGUGUACGACAGCGGCAAAGAUGUAACCUGGCGUGUCUCGCAUCCAGCCAUGUACCCGGAUCCGGACUUUGCGCAAUCCGAGAUACUCAACGAUCGCUUUGUGCUGAUGGACGGCGUGGUGGGUCUGACAUUCGAUGAGAAACAGGGCAUUGUAUACUUCCAGCCACUGGCCACAGAUCGCGUCUUCUCGGUGCACAAGGACGUGCUGCGCAGUGGACCGCUGCCCAAUGGCCAAAUGCUGGACGUCAAGCUGGUGGGCAAGAAGUCGUCGCAGGGCAUUGGCUUGGCGGUGUCCCCUUAUGAUAGCAACCUGAUCUUUAGUCCGCUCACUGAGACGGCAAUUGCCACCUGGAAUCCGGCGACCAAUCAGCAAGCUGUCCUAGCGCAAGAUGUCGACCGGCUGCAGUUUGUCGCGGACCUGACCACGACACGGGCAGAACCGGGCGUCGUCUAUGCCAUAUCCUCGAAGUUCCAUCGCUUCUUCCUCAAGAACCUCAAUCCCAAUGAGUAUAAUAAUCGCAUCCUACGCAUCGAACUGCCACAGGUCAAGGGCCAAACUCUCAAGAGUCCCUUGCUAGGCCAUUCCCUGCCUUUGCCCACAGCCCCAGCUCACAAUAGCCUGCUCCACUACAGCCUGUACAAUGCUCCAGCACACACGAACAUCCACGUGCACUCGCAGGCGAACAGGAAUGCGCUGCAAACGUACUUUACCAGUCCGGCCUUUGGCACGCCCCUGACCACCAAGACGCCGUACAAGUUCGAGAAUACGGGCUUUGUCAACUAUGGUCUACGCAAUCCAUUCACGGCGCUCAAUCAGGGCGAGGCCUUUCCGCCCAGCAAGGCGACACGUGACAACUAUCAGCGGUCCUAUCUGGACACCCUGGUGAGCAGCCCCGUGACCACGCCUGCAGCUGCGCCCACGCCCUACCCUCAAAGCCUUCGCCACAGUGGCUUCUACUAUCCCCUAGGCCAACAUUGGCCCUACCUGCGGCUGCACCUCAGUGUUGCAGCAUCGCCUGAGCAGCUAAGACGAGAUUUUCAUUUUUCUUUUCGAGCUCUUCAAAUGUUUCGUGUCAGCAUUGUCCUGUUGGCAGUGGGCCUAGUCCUAGUCCUGGCCAAUGCGAAUACCCAACAGUUGCGCAUUAAGCAGCUGCACACGCUACACAGGUGGAGCAAUCUGAGCCUGGGACUAGAUGAGGCCAGCAAUAGCCAUUUCCUGCCCGUCGAUCUGGACAUUGAGUAUGGCGACGAGGGGCGUCAUCGCACAUUUCUGACCAUACCACGCCUGAGCACGGGCACGCCAUUUACGCUGGCCACCGUGGCAGCGGCUGAUAAUAAAGUGGUUGAGAAUCCCCGCCUGGAGCCCUAUCCCAGCCUGGAAUGGCAUCAGUCAGCUAACAACUGUUCGGGCAUCACUUCGGCUAUCAGGACUUAUAUUGAUGAGUGCUGGCGCCUUUGGGUCGUGGAUUCGGGUCAAGUGAACUCCUUGCAGUUGUGUGCUCCACAAAUCUUGAUAUUCGAUCUGGUCAAAGAUGUCCUGGUGCAGCGUACCAUGCUGGCCCCGCACAUGUAUACACCCAGCGUAUCGAUUUUUACGGCGAUGGCCGUGGAUCUGGCUGAGAGCAAAUGCUUGGGUGGCUGGGCUUAUAUAGCGGACGCCUGGGGCUAUGGCCUGAUUGUUUUUGAUGCACUCACUGACAAAUCCUGGCGCAUCGAGCACGAGUCCAUGCAGCCGUCCUUGGGAGUGCGUCGCUUUGGCAACGCCCAUGCUGGCAUUUUCACAGUGAGCUUGAGUCCGCGUCACGCAGCAGAGCGCUUUUUGUAUUUCCACACGCUGAACAGCUUCUAUGAGAUAGCCCUUCCCUUGCACGUUGUCAACAAUGAGAGCAUCUGGCAGCAGCAAACCUCGAGCAAGGCGAUCAGCAAACAUUUUCGCAUCCUGGGCACGCGUGGCACCCAGUGCGAAUCUGAGGUCAUGGACAGUGGCGGUAAUCUCUACUGCAGCCUCAUCAGCCUGGGUGCUUUGAUCAGCUGGAACGAGCAUUCCAAUUACACUGCAGACGAUAUACGCGCGGUGGCCUACAAUCCGCAGCAGCUUAAAUUUGUAACUGGCCUGAAAAUCAAUCAGAACUCAAAGGGAGAGAAUGAACUAUGGGCGUUGAGUAGUGAACCGAAUCUCUUUGUGGGCGGCACCUUGAAAGAAAAUGAGAUUAAGUUUCAAAUUGUUGGCUGUCGUACAGCGGAUUUGCUGGCAAAUAGACCAUGCACAGUGGGCGCCGCGCAGUCGUAAUUACUCUUAAUAAUACGUAUUAGUUUUAAACUUAAUAAAUCGCUUACGCGCAUUAGCUGCCUGUCACGACACGCAGUCAGCUGUUGUGGCCAAGUGAAUACCGAUUA